UCAAAUAGCUGUUUAAAGUUGAUUGUCUGGACACACAACAACUGGGUAUACUCUACUACUGACAACCUCUUCUAGAAUACAUGAAACCACUUGGCUUAUAGAUUAACACUGUAAAAGCCUAGCAGUGAUGCACUUGUAGUAUUAGAUGUUGCAAUAUCAACUGAAUCGAGUGUGCUUCUUAUCAGAGAGAGAGAGAGUGAGCGUAAAGAAACAUGGGAAGAUUAAAGGAGGCUGGACAGCAGAUAACGGCAGGAGGCUCGGCAGGUCUUGUUGAAGUCAGUAUCAUGCAUCCACUUGAUGUGAUCAAAACAAGGUUUCAGAUUCAAGGUGCACCUAACAGCACAAUGAAGUACAAUGGAAUGUGGGAUUGUGUCAAACAGAUGACCAGGACAGAAGGAACCCUGUCCCUGUACAAAGGUAUAUUACCUCCCAUUAUGGCAGAGACUCCUAAAAGGGCCACUAAGUUCUUCACUUUUGAACAGUAUAAAAAGAUAUUCCUCUUUGGAAGUCCCUCACCAACUGCGCUGACAUUCACUCUUGCUGGGCUUUGCUCAGGGUUGACUGAGGGAGUACUAAUCAAUCCAUUUGAAGUGGUGAAAGUAAGGUUACAGGCUGAUCAAAAUACAUUCAAAAAGCAACCGAGUGCAUUUGGAAUGGCAAGGCAUGUGAUAAGAACAGAUGGAUUUGGUUCUGAUGGGCUCUUUAGAGGACUUACAGCUACAUUGGGUAGACAUGGUGUCUUUAAUAUGAUCUAUUUCAGUUUCUAUCACAAUAUCAAGGAUUUAAUACCAUCCUCACAGGAUCCACGACUAGAGUUUGGGCGUAAGUUUGUAAUUGGUUUGAUGGCUGGUUGCCUAGGAUCUACAAUCAAUAUUCCAUUUGAUGUUGCUAAGAGUAGAAUACAAGGGCCACAGCCUGUACCAGGUGAAGUCAAGUAUAAAGGAUGCUUUAGGACUAUAGCUAUGGUGUAUCGAGAAGAAGGAUUCUUUGCUCUCUAUCGGGGCCUUCUACCAAAGAUCAUGAGACUUGGACCAGGAGGAGCUAUCAUGUUACUAGUAUAUGAUCAUGUUUACACUUGGCUCAAGCAAAACACAUAACAUGCACUUCAGUAAAGGGUUUGUUUACUCACAAGUCAAUGGCUUCCAGCAGUUGGCAUGAUUUAUUGUUAAUUUUGUUGCCGUGGUUUAGUUAGCUUUUUGUUUUUUGUCGAUUUACAUGUCCCCAAAUGCCUACCUCAUCAAGUCUUGCAGACACGUUUUUUUGCACUGAGUGAAUACAUGUACAUAUACAGGUACAUAGCAAAGAGUACUGCCAACCUUCAAUGCACGGUUGUUAUGUGGAAAACCACAAAAGCCUGUGAAAGAUUACCUUGAUGCCAGCAGAAGCAGCCAUCAUUGGUCAACAAACAGUCUAACCAUGUUGAGGUAUGGUAGAACUUUAUAUCUGGCCAGGAUUAGGUCAGUUAAACAUGUAUACAUUCAUUUUCCAUUUGAUGAGUACUUAAAGUACUGGUAAAUAAUUGGUGACCCCAUGUACUAAUUAUAUUCAUCUGAUUUUUUUUGCUCAAUUUUCCUGGAUUGCAAACCUAUUAGUGCUUUGUGAUGAGAUAGAGCACAUAACAUGAUCUAUAUAUAACCUUAGGUUAUUCCUCUCCAAAGAAAUUUCCAGAAGAGCACUUUUGUAACGUCAGUGGUAGUCUAUUGCUGGAACAACACGGUCAAAUUAUCAAGAUUGAUAUUAAAUUUACAGUAGAUCAAGUGAAUAGUAAUUACCUUUGGAUGUUUUGGAUUUGCUGUGGUUGGAUGACUUGAUUGUAUGCAUUCUAUGUUUAUAUAUUAAAUACAAAUCUGAUAUCAAUUGAUGAUCAAUUGGCUAUGCCAUUUAUUCAGGUGUACUAAAAAGAGGUCUUAACCUUGUGGGUAUGAAGUCGAUGCAGUUCCUUGCAGAUAAAUGUUGUUUAAAACACAUCUUUAGUAUUGCAUGUGAAGAAACCAGUACCCGUUAUUAUACUCGUCACCCUGUUUGUCAGGGAUGUGAGAGUUCAGCUAAAACUGAUUUAAGAUUUCUUAUCUUUUUUUCAGCCUAUUUUUCAUUUUUUAAAGAUAUUUUCUCCAAAAUGGCAGCUUUCUCUUUGUCAUAAAACUUGAAUAGUGAGAUGAAACCAAGUGUGGGCUCAAAUUGCUGUAGUCAAGCCUUGGGAGAAUACCACCCUAUUUUUCAUAUUUGAUUUGUAGAUUGGUAGUACUUUGCUACCAUUAAAAGGAAUGAUUUAUAGUCUUGUACACUGCCAAUGAUGGUCCCUUGUAAUGUGUGCUAGGUCUAUUGAUUAUUAUAGAAUUCAGUAUCAGAUAUGAAUGAAGAUUACUUGAUGGGCUACAUAUUUCUUGUUUCAUUUAUUUAAAUUUCAAAUGAUUUUCCUUUGAGUAGAAUUAAAUGAAUUCCAUUUAAAGAUCAAAACAAAUCCUUCUCUCAAAUAAUAGAUCACUCAAAUUUAUUUUGACACUUGUCUUUGUCAUGAUCUUGAUGAAUUAUCUUACCAAGUAGAUUGUAGUGAUUUGCUUUGUUUUGUUUUGAGAAGAUGAAAAUGCAAUAAAUCUACUGAUGACUCAGGUCUGGUCAUAAAAUGUCUGAUAGGAUGAUUAGAUUUGAACAUAACAAACUCUGAAAAAAAGCUCAGGCUCUUUUGAUUUCUCGGUAGGACUCUAUUUAAUUUUUUUUAUUAAGUAAACAGAUCAUUUGAAUAACCCUUACCUUGGGACUUGUAAAGUGGAUUGGCAACCACUAGAAACAACAUUAUAAGAUGAACUUAUUUUUGUGGUUUGAGUUUCUUUUAGUCCUCUGAUCUUCUUAAAUUGUAAUUGUGUGUUCACUUGGGUAUAUUUGUACGUAAAUGAAUGAAAUGUUUUCAUUUUUUAGAUUUUUUAAAAUAAGUUUGUUAAAAGAUACAUAGGCUGAGUGAUUCCCCCCCCCCCAAAAAAAAAAAAAAAUCCUCUAUGAUUACUACUUUGGUUUUGCACUUCUUGUGACUGGUAGGUUACCAAGAGAGUAUUGUACAGUUAUUAAAUGAUCUUUUAGUAUGACUGCGUUUUUAUGUUUUUGAAAGAAAAUCAAUACGUAUACCUUGGACUCACUAAAAUUGAAGAGGUUGUCGUUUACAACAGUUUUUAUCGGAGUGUACAAAAUGGUCUGUUGAUUCAUCUUACCUCGUAAUAGUUGUUUAAAGAAAGAAUGUUUUAUGAAUAUUUAUUUUUAUUUUCAUCUUUGAGAUAUAAACAAGAUUUCACUACCAAAGAAAUCAAGUAGCAUUUCAUAUUUUUGAAAUUUGUACUUAAAGGGUCACAUUCAUGAAUGCCAUUGUUGUUUGAUUUUUCAAAAAAACUAUUCUCAGGCUAUUAUGGAAGAAAAAGAAUCAUAGAAGACUAAGAAUUUUCCCAUGGUCACAAAUAUAUUUUGUCUUCUAUUUUACUUAUGCAUAAAGUGUAUUCCAUUGUUAAUUUUUAGCAUUCCAAUGCUGAAUACUCAGUGCUGCAUACGUACAUGUAUAUAUCAAUAGAACAUUUUCUUACUGAAAUCGUAAUUAUUUAAUAUAUUUCUGUAAUCAUGUAAUUCAAUCACAUUUUAUCAUACAUAUCAAUGUAUUAUAGCUAUUUUGUGUACACAAUGGCUUGUCAAGCUUAAAGGAAACCAAAACCCAAGAAGAUAAUCAAUCUUAUGGGAAAGAGUAAAAUGAGAGGAACAAUUUAAAAC